CCUCUCAUACUUCCUAAAUUUCCUCGUUCUUUAUAUUUUUUAGCUAUUUCCUUUUCUUCGCGUCCACAUCCUUCUCGUCUCCCCCUGCUGCUUCUUGUGCUUCGAUUGCUCCCGCCACCAUAGCUAUCGAAGACCUAUCUUCUGGUUUUGAUUUAUCUUUCCUUAUUCGUUCCUGUGGGUUGGAUCUGUCUUCUACGACAGCAGAGUGCCGACGUCUUGCGCCAUGGAAUCUGGCGGCGGGCGGAGCGAUCCACGUUCUUUGACGAGAGAAGAAGAAGCUGUUAAGCGGAAUACUGAUUGCGUUUACUUUCUCGCUUCUCCUCUGACUUGCAAAAAGGGAAGCGAAUGUGAGUAUCGCCAUAGUGAGGGUGCCAGAGUUAACCCGAGGGACUGCAAAUUCUGGUUUAGCGGCAGUUGCUUGAAUCCAAAAUGCUUAUUUCGUCAUCCGCCGCUCGAUGGACCGGUUGGAAAUUCGGCGGCUAGUUCAGGGCCAAUCAUGAUGACUGCUUCGCAAGUGACGGAAUCUACGAAGUUACCGACGAUGAACUCUUCUGCCUAUAAUUCAAGCAGAAACAAUGUUCCUUGUUAUUAUUUCCAGAAUGGUGGCUGUUUGAAAGGAGAUAAGUGUCCUUUUAUGCAUGGAACACAGCCUGCAAGUAAUUCCAUAGCAAAGCAGACUUCAAAGGUUUUUGCACCAGUCACCACUCAGUUGGACACAACCAAAAAGGAUGCUAGGAAACCCGAGGAAUUUAGAAAUCAGCAGAACUCUUCUACUGCGGCACUGAGAAUCCCUAAAGAAAGUAUUGUACAACCAGUUAAAGUUAAUUUGGUGCAUAAAAGCAGCAGCUUUGCGCAGUCUAGAAACGUUCAUGUUCAGUCGGAUUCGAUUGAGCCGGAAGCUGGUGAGAUAUUGGGGGAUUUUUCCGAAUUUGGCUACACCAAAUUGGAGAGGCCAUUAAAUCAGCAACUUCAGUCUUCCAGAUACAAGAAUGGCAAGGGUGCUGAAGAGGGCUUCACAGAGUUUUCCCCUGGAUUUGAUGUUCUUGUUAAUAAUGUUGUGAAACAUGACAGAGAUGGCUUCAGAAGUAAAGCUAGUCAAGGUGGAAGAACUAUGAAUCUUGUAGAUGGGUUUGAUAGGGAUCAACACAGUGGGGCUGGUGACUUUAGGCGAUAUGGAAAGGUGCAGAAUGGAGUUGAUGGAGACCAACACAGAACUUUUUCUGUAUCUGAGAGGAUUUUGGAUAGGCCAAUAUUGCCUGUAAGAGGAUCAACACACAGGCUUAGGAGUCCUGAUAGAGUGGAUGAAACCGAUCUUCGUUAUAGGCUAACAAAGCAGAGAAGGCUAAAUGGUUCUUUAUCUGCUACAGAUUCUGAUUCUGAAAGUAAGCUGGAUGGUAGACAUGAACAAAAAAGGCAGGAUAGGCAUACCCAUAACCCCUACAGGGAUCAACGUCAGCCGCUUCCUGAAAGCACCAUUAGCAAUCGCUUGAGAGGUAGAAUAACAGUUCCAAGGCCAUUAUCUCAAGAAUUUUCUUCUGAUUUACAGGGUGGAGGAAGUAGGGGAAGGCAAAGAUGCAAUCUUUCACCUGUGAGGACAUUGAGUCUGCAGCGAAGGCUCGGAGAGAGAUUAAGCAGGAAACCAAUUGAGGACUCCUCUGGCAAUGGUAGAAACACAAGUAACCAACAGAAAUCAAGAGAUGGUGUGGAUACUCUGGAUUUUGCUGGUCCAAGAAGUCUUGCAGAACUGAAAGGUGUGAAAACUGAUGAAAGCUCUCCAGCCCAUUCAACCAAGGUUCUUCAUUCGGCUGGGCUGCGUGAUUCUGUGGUUUCAGUCCCAUUUGAUGGUCCGAAGCCACUAAGCACUCUCCUGAAGAGCAGUAGAGAAGCUAGGCCUGAGGAUGAUGCAAUUUCUGCUGUUAGCAACGAUAGCAAAGCAAUUGGGGAAUUUGAAGCUGCUCCAGUUCCAGAAUUGCAGGCGCACCAUGCACUGGAAACCAGUUUGGAAGACGCUAAAGGUUUUAUCACUAAUCCUGAAGAACCAGAGGUAGGAACAAUUGUGGAAGAAGAGGGAGAAAUUGGAGGGGAAGUUCAUUUUCCUGCAGCUGUUGAGCAAAUAACUUACAAGCUGCAGGCUGAAGAACAUGAAGCAGAAACCGGAGAUGCGGUUGAAGAUGAAGAACUUGAUUAUACUGAUCAGAGAGAUGGGGAAUAUGAUUAUGAUGAUACAGUAGAUGGCGGAGAUUACAACGCAGAAGAUGAUGAAAACAUUGACCCAAUGAAUAUAGAUGAUGAAGAAGAAGAAGAUGAAGAUGAAGAUGAUUUUGCUAAGAAGAUUGGCCUAAUUUUCUCUUAGGAUGAGAGAAUGAGAACUAAUUUAGCUCUUCCUGUUGCUGUGUGUCUUGGCUUCAGCAAUUCCUCCAUUUUCUUGGAUCUCAAAGUUUUGGGCAGUGUUAGAUGCAACUCUCUGGAAGAUGACCGUUGUCUCAGGCUUGAUUUUAUUUUUUUAAAUUGUUCUCUCUAUUGUUUUCCCCACUUUCAUAAACGAAGAUCUAGUCGAGAUUCCUGUAAUGAAAUUAGCAUUAGGUUAUUGGUGGCUGACAAACUUAAGGGCUAUGUGCUCCUUUAGCUGUCUGAAAUGGUUCCUCUUUAACCUUGGAUUGCAUUUAUUAAGC